AUGGCCAUACAAGGGACUGAUAAUGCGUCGGAGGCUCUUCGUGUCCUUCGCGGAAAACCCAUGCAGAGAGAGCCUGCAAGGCGCUCUAAUAAAAAAUGGGCGGGGAAUUUGAUUCACCAACAUAUCGAUGCGAGUAUAUCCAAUGUUGAGUCUGCCGUACUACAAAUUGUGGGACCGCCCCCGGUCAAGCCUUGCAGGUGCUGCAGGAAUCGCCAUGGUCCAUGGGCUAGGUGUAUCGUUUCCCCAGAGGGCUGUGGGAAUAUCAUAUCAGCGUGUGCAAAUUGCCAUUGGUAUGACAAGGAUAAGAAUUGUAACUUCUACAAAGCACCGGCACCGGCACCGGCACCUAUGAAUCAGCCUGGCAAGUCCUGGGAAAAAGGUCACCGGCACGCAAGCUCUCCCUUUCAGGGGCGGCUUCAGCAUCAGGAACGCCUCACUACUAUUGGUAUGGCUGCCCCUCGUAUCAUGGAGCACCUUCACGCAGCCAUGGCAGACCAGCGUCAGGAGGAAGCAGAAACUCGAAUCACGGUCAAAAUCAUGGAAACUAUCAUCAAUGAUCCAGCUCUAGAUGCGGAUGAGCGAUACAUUGAUUUAUUCCGCCUUUUCCUCUCAAAAUGGGACAUACUCGGCUUAGCAGUGUACUGGGAGAUAUUUGUGAUGAGGUGGCUAGAUUGUUGGCUAUGA